AUGAAAAAUGGUGUACAACAGCAACAAAAACAAGAAAAUAAUAUGCAUGCUAGCCAUGUAUUUGUAUUUGGGGAAAUAUUCAUAUCGCUUACAUUAGCCUUUUAGCAAUUUUUACAGUAAAAAUAUGUUGGUUUGGUAUAUCCAUUCAGAUCUGUAGCUAGAAUAGACUAAAAUCUGAAAGAGUUAUCUUAAAAUAUAGAAAGUAUCUUAUAGAAUAGAAAGAGAUCUUAUUAUUUUCAGGCCGAACUCUACCAAGUGUUUCAAAGAAUGAAUUAGUUUUCUUUUUAUUGUAAUUUUCUCAUUAUUUUUUUUAAUCUCCAAGAAGAGCAAAAGAAGGAAGAUUAUAUUAAAAAGUUAAAAGUAAGAUAUUUUAAAAAAUAGAAAAGAUAAAUUUAAAAUAAAUAAAAGAUUUUUUUAUAUUUAAAAAAUAAAUUAUUUUCAUUUUAGCCAAACCAUAUAUUUAAUUUAUUUGUAUUAUUAUUUUAUUUUAGUUUCUAUAAAUUGUAAUUUAUGUUUUUUAUUUAAUUAGAGUUGCUAAUUCGUAUGGAAAUAUCUUUUUGUUGCUUACUUUCUUGCAUAAUUUUCUUUUGA